CUCCCCUUCUUCUUCCUCCCCGCUCGUAGUCUGGCUCCUCGAGUUCCGCAAUCGCUUGCCGUGAUUCGGGCACCAUCUGGUGUGCUACGCGAAUCGCGAUCGUGUUUUCGUUUUGAUCGUUUUAACAGUUGAUCAAGCGUUUCGAAAGAUCCGUCUCGAUCUUCUUCUAUAGUUGACUAAGAGUUUCAAAAGAUCCAGUUUGGGGUUCGAAUCGGUGGUUGUGCUUGUUUCGAAUAAUAAACCUAGGACAGUUCUCCCCAAAGCCCUAGUUUCAUUGUUGGAGAAACAAAGAGGAAGGAACUCGAAGAGGAAGGGAGAGAGUAGUCUAAAGCUCCCAUCGGGACCAAAAGGCAGAGAUCUUUCCAAAUUUGAGUCACUGCAUUCGCCGUACAAUGUUUCCACAGUUUGAUUUGGCGACGAUGGAUCGAGGAACCCUCACAUUGCUAGGGGCAGCAUGCUGUGUGAUGCUCACCAUGCAUUUUACUGUACAAUUGUUAUCUCAGCAUCUAUUUUACUGGAAAAACCCAAAGGAACAAAAGGCUAUUAUCAUCAUCAUUCUUAUGGCUCCUUUGUAUGCUAUCGACUCCUUUGUCGGUCUGUUAGAUGUUCAGGGAAGUAAGGCUUUCUUCACUUUUUUGGACUCUGUUAAAGAAUGCUACGAAGCUUUGGUGAUUGCUAAGUUCAUGGCCUUGAUGUAUAGUUAUUUGAACAUUUCUCUUAGUAAGAACAUAGUUCCGGAUGAAAUUAAAGGGCGGGAGAUUCAUCAUUCAUUCCCUGUAUCUCUUUUUAUGCCUCAUACCGUUCGUUUAGAGCAUAGUACAUUGACGCUUCUCAAGUACUGGACAUGGCAGUUUGUUGUAAUUCGGCCGGUCUUAUCCAUCCUAAUGAUUGUACUUCAACUUCUCGGAAUGUACACUACUUGGAUAAGCUGGAGCUUUACUAUUAUACUGAACAUUUCGGUUUCCAUGGCAUUGUAUGCUCUGGUGCUUUUCUACCAUGUGUUUGCUAAGGAGUUGGCACCACACAAUCCUCUGGCAAAGUUCAUGUGCAUCAAAGGAAUCGUCUUCUUUUGCUUCUGGCAGGGAGUUGUACUUGAAGUCUUAACUGCUGUAGGAGUGAUUCAAUCUAAUCAUUUCUGGCUGGAUGUAGAACAUAUCCAGGAAGCCAUACAAAAUGUUUUGGUCAUUCUCGAAAUGGUUUUCUUCUCGGUCGUCCAACAAUAUGCUUACAGUGUUGCUCCUUAUUCCGGCAAAGACACUGCAAAGGCCAAAAAGAACGAUUGAUCAGACGUGGAAAAUGUGAGCAUAAUCGAUUCCUGAUACUCUCUUAGUCUUAAUACAGAGCUCGUCAUCUUCAUAUCAUCACGACUCUCUUCGAGAUCUUUAGAGGGUAUGUGUUAUUUCCUAACUUGUUGAAUAAAAUCCAACUUUUUUUUCUAGUUCUAUGAGUUGUCUAAGUGUCCAACUAAAUGUAAUUCACUUUAAACUAUUUCUCUUCUGGACACGAGUAAUUUUGUUUCUGUUUUGCUAA